GUAUAGCUAUGUUUGGUGAGAAGGCAGUGUCUCUUGUUAAGGAGCUACACAGAUGUCCUGACGAGCAACUCCAUCCUGUUAACGAGGAUUUACUCCGACAAGUUUACGCUGAGAUGGGUGCUCUGUUUGAAGCAAAUAAAAGUGAUAUUGAAAUCAAUGACGACAAUAAAAUGAUCCCAAGUAUACACCUGCGGCACAGUGCGUUGGAACACAACAGGCGCUGUGUAUUAGCGUACUUGAAACAGCGGCUUAACCGGAUAACCCAGUUCAGGUGGGAUCACGGAGCAGUUCUACCUGAGGAGAUACAAGUUAACAUGCAGGAACAUGAGAAGCAGUGGUUCAACAAGUACAACAAGUCGCUUGCAAACUACAUGUUGUCAAUGAACGGCCUGGACAUAACCCAAAACACCGUCCCUCCAAAAUCUCUGAAGAUACAGGUUAGAUGUCUCGAGGAGUACGGAGAAUUAGAGACAGAUUCGGGAGACAUAGUUAUGUUAACACUCAACUCCGAGCACUAUCUACCACUGUCAGAAUGUGAACAUCUUAUCAAACAGGGCGUCCUGCAACACAUGGGAUCCUGAAUAACAGUAUAACAUAGCAAUAUAGUGAAUGGAAGAACAUGCGGCUCCCGCCUUUUCUGAUUGCUGUAACGCGCGACGACAUUUUCGUGAUGGAAUAGCGCACACAGCAACUCGAAAAGCAAAAUCUGUCAGCAUGACAAUAUGACUGUC